AUGGAGCCGAGCACCUGUAAAUCCAGUGAAUCGGAGGAAGAGUAUGUUGAGGAAGAGGAAUCUGAGGAGGAAUCUGUUAAGGGGGAAGACACCAUCCCUUCUAACCCUUCUAAUGAGGCACUCUCAAAGGCUGACUAUAAUGUAUUUGGGAACGCGGCUCCCUUAUCCAUUAUAGCCAAGAAAAUUCCAAAGAAAACCAUAGUCCCACCUGACCCAGAGGACCUAGAAGUUGGGAGAAGAAAGAGAAAACGGAAACGCAGACCCCUAGCCAUCAACCUGACCAACUGCAAGUAUGAGAGUGUGCGUCGGGCAGCCCAAAUCUGUGGCCUGAAGGAGGUAGGCGAGGACGAGGAGUGGACUGUGUACUGGACAGACUGCUCUGUCUCACUGGAACGAGUCAUGGACAUGAAGAGGUUUCAGAAAAUCAACCACUUCCCUGGCAUGACAGAAAUCUGCCGCAAAGAUCUGCUGGCUCGGAACCUCAACCGCAUGCAGAAGCUCUAUCCUACUGAGUACAACAUCUUCCCCCGCACCUGGUGCCUCCCCGCAGACUAUGGGGACUUCCAGUCUUAUGGUCGUCAGCGGAAAACCCGCACUUAUAUCUGCAAGCCGGACAGUGGCUGUCAGGGACGCGGCAUCUUCAUCACCCGAAAUCCCCGGGAGAUCAAGCCAGGAGAGCAUAUGAUCUGUCAGCAAUACAUCUCCAAGCCGCUCCUUAUUGAUGGUUUCAAGUUUGACAUGCGAAUCUACGUCCUGAUCACGUCCUGUGAUCCUCUUCGGAUCUUCAUGUAUGAGGAAGGCCUGGCUCGCUUUGCCACCAUGCCCUAUGUGGAGCCCAACAUUAACAACCUGGAUGAUGUUUGCAUGCACCUGACCAACUAUGCUAUCAACAAACACAAUGAGAAUUUUGUCCGGGAUGAUGCUGUGGGCAGUAAGAGGAAGCUGUCAACACUGAAUGUCUGGCUGCGAGAGCAUAGCUACGACCCCCGAGAGCUGUGGGGGGACAUUGAAGACAUCAUCAUCAAAACCAUCAUCUCAGCCCAUUCUGUUCUUCGCCACAACUACCGAACCUGUUUUCCCCAAUAUCUGAGUGGAGGUACAUGUGCCUGUUUUGAGAUCCUUGGUUUUGACAUCUUGCUGGACCACAAGCUGAAGCCCUGGCUGCUGGAGGUAAACCACUCUCCAAGCUUCACCACCGACUCACGUCUUGAUCGAGAAGUGAAGGAUGCACUUCUCUGUGAUGCUAUGAUCCUUGUCAACCUCCGGGGCUGUGACAAAAGGAAGGUGCUAGAGGAGGACAAGCGGCGAGUCAAGGCGCGGCUUUUCCAGUACCACCAACAGCCACGAGAAGCCAGGCGAGAACAAAUUCAGUCCUCCCAUGCAGCAAUGCUGGACCAGGAACGAUAUGAGGAUUCCCACCUGGGGGGAUACCGGCGGAUCUACCCUGGGCCUGACACGGAGAAGUAUGCACCCUUCUUCAAGCACAAUGGCUCCCUCUUCCAGGAGACUGCUGCUUCCAAGGCCAGAGAGGAGUGUGCCAGGCAGCAACUGGAAGAGAUCCGCCUCAAGCAGGAACAGCAGGAGACCUCAAGUAAUAAAAAGAGAAAGGAAAACAAGGACCAGAACCAGGGGGAAUCAGCAGGAGAGAAGAGCCGAUCCAGGGCAGGGCCCCGAGGCCUUUCUACUCACUUGGUUUACAGGAACCGGAUCCAGGAGAAAGAGGUACCAGUACACCUGGACACCAUGCAGCCUCAGGAAAUUGUGGAAGAGGAGGAGCUAGAGCGGAUGAAGGCCCUGCUACAAAGGGAGAAUCUCAUUCGAAACCUGGGUAUUGUGGAGCAGCUCAACCGCAUGCUGCAUCCCAGCCAUCGGGGCCAGAAAAAACUUCAUGAGUAUCGGCCUAGAUUUCAUCAGGACAGGCUGGGCAGUCAAGAAUUGCAAUCUGUGAGCCUGGUCCCAUUGGUGCUCUUGAGCGGGGCUGCCACAGAGCAGGGCCUUCCUCAUUUCCUGCGUCCAGUUCGGCCCCAGGAAUUGAUCCCCAGGAUCUUAGGGCCACUGCCAAGCAUGAAUGCUGCAAUUCCACAUCAUUCCCAGUGCCAUCUACAGCCCAGGAACUUCAACUGGAUAGGAGAUCCAGCAGCGAAAGGGCCCUGUUCACUGUCAGUGAAGAAAUUUGGGAGGCGCUAUUUUCCCAGCGCCAGAGUCGGGCUCACUAGCCAAGGACAAGCCAGCAGAAGGCUAGAAGCCAUAAACCGCGCCCUGGCAGGAUCAGUGCCACCCUCUUUAACCCCAAAGCAGGGCUAUCUUCUGCACCCGGAAAGAGUGACAAGUGACUCAUGGACUGGCUGCACCAUGCCCUCCAUGGGGGACUCUGAGCACAGAGCAGUCAAGGCCCGAGAGCUCACCCUCUGCCCUGCCUCUGCACCGCUGCUUCAGCGUUCCAGUGCACUCCUCAACAUCAGCCACCACAGGUAAAAAGCAGGAAGCAAGCCCAGGACUCAACGUCUCCUGGAGAACCCACUCAGAUUUCCAAAGGGGCAAAGGACCUUUGCUACAUGAAAGACUGCCAAACUCCAGUUUGAAAAGCCCUGGCCAGGAACCCUGUUUGCAUACGGCAAAACACAAAGAUGCCAAGACUCCUUCUACACGCUAAGAUUAUUUUGGGAUCGGUAAAGACUAAAAGAUGAAGAGGAGCCAGGGCCGGCCAUGUACUCAUCUCAGCCCUUCAAGCCUUAGCCCGGGUUUAUCGCUAGGUGAUGGGCCGAACCCUGGGUGCGGCCUGGGGCUGGAGGUCAUCCCAGCCCACAAGAAGCCUCGCUUCCAGAGGAACCAGGUGCCCAAAGCAAGAGGCUGUCGCCGUCAGGAGGGGACAGCCGGGCGGAUGCCCCUGCCCGCUCCUGUGGCGGAGGCACACAGGCCGGCCUGGGCAGGGGCGGCUCUUGGCAAUUGAACCCGUCUUUUUAUUAAAGUUCUAUGCCGUUUUCCAGGCGCGUCCAGUACUUCAUGCCGGCCCUCCUGUUUCAGGGAAGCCCUCUCCACAGUUCUCCAGCGGGAGGGGUGGGCCAUUGAACGGUUCGAGCCCAGAUACCUCCGCCUUCCUCGUGAAGAGGCGGGGAUGCCGCGCGCCACGCCCGCUCCUCCCACUUCCGGUCCCGCCUCGCUUCCGGUGCUGCUGCGUUUCGCGGA